GAGCGACUCACAUUCUCAGUCUGUGCGCUUCAAUAUACGACAAUAUAUUUCUGCAACGGACGUCGUUGCAACUCUCGUGUAGCCCUGACCUUACGAAGAAAAUGAACGUGCCAGUCGUUUCGAGAGCUCGUGUUUUACUCGGAACAGGCGAAGGCUGGUUAGAGGCAAAAAUGGGAAGAACUGGAGAAAAAUUUUUACGCAACGUGCAAAAUGGAAAUGAAAUGAUGCUGUGAUCGAUAAUGAUGCGUAAUCCUGAAAAAAAGCACGGUAAGCCACGUGUUGGAACUUUAUGUGGAAAAUUAUCGAGAAAGGUAUUUUUCUAAGAAAUUUCAAAUAUCUCCUUUCCGCGUUGACAGCAAGUAAGAUACGAAUACCAGACAUGCACUAGCAGCAAAAAGUGUGCAAUCAAUAUGUGUUUCAUAAAACUGAAGAAUUUUCCAAAUAACUCAGCUUAGAAUUUCAUUAGCUUAUAUCAAGUACCCUAAUACUUAUGAACAGAUGUAUACGUAAUACGAAAGACUUAAAAAUUUGGUGCAGAUGCAAACGACCAAUUACCAUGACAUUAACAAACAAAAACCCUGUCCAGUUAACACAGCACUUCCACGUCCUUUCAACCUUACAUCCACCAAUAAACCAUUCUUUAUUCCAUUGUACAGUUUUGUUUCCAUUUUGCGUAAGAAUCGAUAGUAACCAGUGGGGCAAGAUUUAUCAAAGUCUUAUCCCCGCAAUCUUCGGUGAAACGGGUAACAAACACCAGUUCUAUGGCCGCUGUUCCGGGAUGUCCGUAACGUAUUUGCUGUAAGUUUCGAGUAAGGGGCGCGUGCCAACCGUUUUUAUCGGGCACAGGGCACGCGUCGAACAAACAGGGGUUCCCGAUACAAUGGUUCGCAUCUGCAGGGGUGGCCUAGUGCAAGGGGCACGUUUCUAGGGGUUUUGAAAGGGGAGCGGAGAGAGGGUGAAGCCAUGGCAAACCGUCACCCUCGCAGCAGUCUCUACUGCAACAAGGGACUGCUACGAUUUGAACGUGGUUAGUCGAUGCCCAUCGACGCCAGUCAACGGUCUUCCUACACUCCUAACUACCGUACUCAGGAACGAGGAAAGAAUCGUCUUUUGGGGGAAGGAGAAGAAUCUGGAUGGACAAAAGAACCAUUAGCUCGAGGGGGAAACAUCUCUGAUCCAGGGAGGAAGAGAAAAGCAGCAGAAGCUUAAGACCGAGAGCAGGAAUUUAUUUUUGACUACCGUUAAUUCCGUGCCACAAGGAAAGUGUUAUCGCGUGAAGUCGUUCGUGAAAGGUCGUUAGUGGAUCGAUGGUGAAGUUGUUUCGUGGUUUCGUUGUGUCUCAGUAAGAAUGAAAAGAUAUUCGUCGGCUCCGUGUUUGGCAGAUGGAAACAACGAUACCAAGAAGGCCAAACCGAUGAAGGAGCCGAAUGCCAGAGAGUAUCUGCAGUUGGCGUUGGCCAGAAUCUUGGAACUGCAACGAGAGAUCAAAGAGGGAACGUACACAACGGACCAUACCAGCGAUCUCGGUGAGUCCAGCAGCGAGGAAGAUCUGACAAAUGAGGUUUUCCGCAAAGUGUUUGAGAAUCUUCCCGGGACACCCGACUCCGUUGGAACAAUCAUGAACAGAGUAACUAACAGCAAAUUAAAUAAGCCUCAAUUAGACGCAAUUCACGGUAAAAGGAUUCAACUGCUGGGUUAUGACACCUGUCGUAGAGCUACAGUGGGAUUCAUGAAGAAUGUUGUUCGCGAGACGAAAUGGGAUGUAAACUCGAAGUCAUCUCAAUCGAAUUACUCUGGUUUUCGACUGGGGAUUUAUUCGAGAAACGAGCCGAGAGUGGCGCAUUGUAGAACUGGUUUAUGGAAAAGUACGUCGUCUCACGACCAGGAGAUUCAAGACAGAAUGCUGAGAAGCUUGGACUUGCAUUUAGCGAGUAAACAAAGAGAUUAUACUGCCAAAUUGAUGAGGUCGGGCAUUUAAAAUGGAUACUGACGGGAUUUUAUUGAAUCUUGUCGUUUCUCAUUGAAACGAUAGUGAAACUUUUUGAAAUAUUUAUUAUUUUAUUAUUUUUGCUGAUUUUUAAGAUCUUUAAAGUUAAAACUUUGUCUAAGCUUCCAUCAGGGUCUUGAAUAGUAAACUGCGAAUAUUUAUACAAAUUCAUAUUUUUAUGGAUACUGUUGAAGAAAUGCAACCUAAGUAGAAACUUGCUUUACUAAAUAUUCUAACGACUGCUCUAUUUUGCAUACUCUAUAUAUUUUUGCAUAUUGCGUACGUUCAUAGGCUUCUGAUAAAUGUAUGUUCGCAGUUUACUUGAUAACCACUUUUUAUCUAGUCAAAUUUAUUCAAAGCUGUACCUGUUUCUAUUGAAUCACUCUAGUCAUACACACUAGUCAUCGAAUGUUAAUUGCGGAAGUUAUGUUAGGGAAAUCAAGAUGUCAAUUAUUUUCAUAUAUUAACUAUAUGUACCCGUAAGCGUAAUUUGCAUUAUAAAUUAACUGGUAUUUAAUUAUGUUAAAAUUGAUUAUCGGAUAGAUGAUAAUUUACGAUGAAUCAUACGAAGAUCGAUCGAGGAAUAUAGAGGUACCACGAUAUUUUGUAAAAAACGUUUAUUCGUAAUAUACAAUUAAAAAACAAACAAACAAAGGAGUUUAAAAGGUAUUAAUACGACUUAACAUUUAUAACGCUCUAUAAUUUUUUAUUUCGACACCCGCAUAUCAAAAGAGAAAAGAAAGAACGCCAGAAUGUUCAGCAAUGAAUGGACUAGAUAACUUGUGCCAUUUGUUACGCGCGAAUCAAAGACAAAUAAUCGCUUGUUUGACUUGCUCAAAAUUAAUUUGCUCUGUGUCGUACUUAAUUCAUCUCAGAAUAAGUUAAUUUCGUAAGGCUUAUUUAUUUUUUAUUCUAUUCACACUUUGCGAAUCCUCGAGCUUGUCUUGGAUAAAUAGAUUGCUCGAAGAUUUCCACGUGAUGCCUAAUAAAAUAUUAUGCACAUUUAUGCGGUCUACGAGAUAGAAUAUAACCCUAAGUGAAACGUAACAAUGUAUCGACGGAAGAAGGCGCCAUUUGAUAUUGAUUCUUUCCUUUCUUAAUCGUCUCUGUUGAUUAUUUCUCGCGCUUUCCUUCGUACAGAAAAAUACUUUGCUCGAAUGCUACUUUGACAUUUCUUAAAUGAGAGCGUAGCACAGUAUACCGCUGAUUCUGUGCGUAAAAAUAUACAUCUAUCGUUCGAACACUCAUACACACUCGAAAAAUACAAUAUUCGUUAUUUCCUUGUUAACAAUGAUAUCAGGUCCGUUUUAUAGUCAAACUUUAUAUAACACUACGGUACAGUAUCUUUCAAUUGUACUUUACAGUAAUAAAAAUCCUAAUAUCGUCCAAAUCUCAAGGCUUACAAUCGUUGUGCUAGGAACUAAGCAAACGGAAAUACAUAAAUCUAAAAUUCUAUCACCUAUAAAUAGUAAAAUACUAAAAAGACUGUCUUUCGUGUGUUCGUUGUAUAUAUUAUAUCAAUAUUUUGAAAUAGAAUUUAAUACGAGAGACAUGUUUUACAUUCCUACAAUUUAAAAGAUUGCCUGUCUUUCUGCAUUUUACAAUGUACAAUUAAGAUAUUUGUUGCGAUAGUCGUCUGCGACAUAUUAGAGCUAAUAUAACAUUUUAUUUGUAUGUGAUUAUUAAAAUUAAACUGCUUAAACAUAACGUAUAGAGGGCUCCAGCAGCAGGAUACUAAAUUAUUGCCAAUGGGAACAGAAUCAACGAGGAAAAACACGACAA